GAAAAGAACGAGAGAGGAACUCUCCCUCCUCUUUUUUCUUCCAUCUCUUCCUCCUUUCUUGCUUCCCCCAAUUCUUUUCUCUCCGGGAAUUACCUCCGCCGCAAGCUCCGAAGUACCAAAAGCCAAGCCCUAACCCAGACGCUCCUUCACUUCUUCUUUUUUUCUUUUUAAAUUGUCAAUUUCACAAUUGCGAAGCGUGUUCUCCUCCAAUGAGAAUCUCUCUCUCUUUUUCCGGUGGUUUCUAAUCUUUUGAACAUCUGUUAUAAGCUGGUGGCCCGUAUGGGUUGAGAGUCUGAGUCUCAGCUACUAUGUCUUAUAGCGCGUUGAACAUCCAGGAUGACGAUUUUACCCCUAGGUUAUCCACGACGGAGCGGCCGCGGCGCUCCCGGUCCUUGCCGUUCUCGCCGCUGCUGAUCAUCGACGGCCUCUCGAGGAAGAGCUUCUCCUACUCGGCGCUCCCUCAGGAGCCGCUCAAGCUCUCCGUUCUCAAAUUGGACGGCUCUAGCUUCGAUAUUGAGGUUCCGAAGACAGCCACUGUUGCAGAACUAAAGCAGGCGGUGGAGUCGGUUUUCAGCCACAUGCCACAGAAGGGACCUGGAAAGAUAUCAUGGCCGCACGUGUGGGGGCAUUUCUGCCUGGGAUUUGCUGGUCAGAAGCUACUACUUGAAACUGACCAUAUCAGAGACUAUGGCAUCAGAGACGGCGAUCAGGUUUUAUGGCAGCUUGAUUUUGUCCGGCAUGUUUCAAUUAGCUACAUACAUACAAAGAAGCAAUCAAAAAGGCUCACUGGCUCAAAACAACACAGGAGGUCAUUUAGUUUCAACGAGGAAGAACAGAGUGAGCAAGAGGAGGAACAGAAGAACAAAGGGGUAGAACAGGAUGACAGGAUAUACUACAACUGCGAUGACAUUGAGAAUCAAAGGGUCCUGGAGUAUGAUGAUGAACUUUGUAUCGAAAGACACAGCGAGACCGGGUUCCCAAGCAUACUGGGAGAGUGGUUUCCCUACUCAAGUCUAUCACUGUCGCCUGUAGGAGGAGGAAAAUCUAGAAGAGGUUAUUAUGCUUGUUCCCCAGGCAUUGCCACUGGGUUGUUGCUUGGCUUCAGAAAGGUUUUCGGGCUUUGCUUUGAGAAACGCGAGAAGCGCUAUACUCGAAGAGAUAUAUGGAGAAUAGAUUAGUACUAAUA